AUGGCCCUGGCCGCCGGCGGCGGCGACCGGCGGGACGCGGCGGCCCCCCGCGCGCCUCGCGGCGGCGCUGACCUCGACCCCGCCGCCCUGGCGCUGGCCCUGCUCUCCGGAGACGGCCCGCUGCUGGCCCGGCCCGCGCCCCGCGCCCCGCGCCCGCCCGACCGCCCGCGCCCGCCCGCGCCGCCCCGCGCCGCCAGCCGCCGCCGCCUCCGCCUCGUCCCGGGGAGGGAGCCCGACGCGGGAGUCCGCGGCCGCCGCGCCCGCUUCUCGCCCUACGCGCCCGCCGCGGACAAGCCCGACCUGCUGAGGAGCGUGUUGGAGCGGCGCCUGGCCGCGGCCCGGGGAGCGCCCGCCGCCCGCCCGCCGGCCUGA